AUGCUGCGCUCGAUGAUCGGCAGAGGGAACGAGCCUAGCACCGGACCUGGAACCAACCAAAUGGGGCAAUUCCAAGGGGCGAAUGAGGGUCCGGGCUUGGUACUAUCCUUGCUGAAUUAUUUUCAACAAGAAAAGGAUAAUGGAGGGCCUCUAUUACCAUUGUUAGCUGUCCAAGAGAGGGUGGCACUAAGUAUCAGUUUGUCCACUAUUACCAGAAUACAGCGCCGUUUAUCAUCUAAUGGUAAUGUCCUAAGAUCACCUGGAAAGAAGAGACCCAGAAAAAAGUCUAAGACUACAGAUUUACAUGAUGCAGUCAGGCAUAAUAUACGAGAUACAGUGUAUCAAAUGUAUAGUGAAAGUAAUGAUCACGAGCAGAAACAUGUCACAAUAGCAAAUUUGAAUAAAACGCUUAAAGAGAAAGAGCUUGCUUCUAUCAGCAAUAGCUCUUUACAAAGAUUGUUGCCCACCAUAGGCUUUAAAUAUAAAAAAGAUGGUAAUAGAAGAUUUCUAGUUGAGCAAUCCAGUAUUGCUUUACUUCGCACCAAAUUUUUGAGAACUUAUGCUAAAAUGAAUAGUGGAUGGCAUGACGUGAAAUAG